AAAAUAUUAUAAAAAGAUAGGAAAUUAACCUUCUUAAUAUUUAUUAUCGUAUUCUUAUAACAUUUAAUCUGAAUAUCAUCAAUUAGUUCGGGGAGGUCGUUGGCAAUGCCGAUAAAGCAAAUUAUCGCAGUCCUGCUGCCAUUGCUAGCACUCACAGGUGCUUACAAGAAUCCCUACUACGCCAGUGGGAGGUCUGUCAAUGUCCACCUCUUUGAAUGGAAGUGGGAUGACAUAGCUGCCGAAUGUGAACGGUUCCUUGGACCCAAAGGAUUUGGCGGCAUUCAAAUAUCACCCCCAAAUGAAAAUGUAGUACUAUGGACAUACAAUCGUCCCUGGUGGGAGAGGUACCAACCCAUGUCUUACGUGCUUGUCACACGUUCAGGCAACGAAAGGCAGUUUGCUGAUAUGUUAAGGCGAUGCAAUAACGCCGGAGUUCGGAUUUAUGUAGACGCAGUGAUUAACCACAUGACUGGCGAGCCUCCAGAAAAUGUCGGUACGGCUGGCAACACAGGCGUUUUCAGGGACUGGUAUUACCCCGCUGUGCCGUUCAGGCGGGAACAUUUCAACUGGCCACACUGCGUCAUUGAUGGAUCCGAUUAUGUUAACAAUGCUUGGAGGGUCCGCAAUUGUGAAUUAGUCGGACUCAAAGAUUUGAACCAAGGCAAUGAGCACGUGAGGCAAAUGAUUGUUAAUUUUAUGAAUAAACUGAUUGAUUUAGGUGUUGCUGGAUUUAGAAUAGACGCAGCAAAACACAUGUGGCCAGAAGAUUUACGAAUAAUUUACGAUCGUCUUCAUAACCUCAACACCGCUCACGGUUUCCCACAAAACGCUCGUCCAUAUAUCUACCAAGAAGUCAUAGACUACGGAGGUGAAGCUAUAAGCCGCGAUGAGUAUACCCCGAUAGGAGCUGUCACAGAAUUCAAAGCGGGAAUGGCAUUGAGCAACGCUUUUAGGGGCAACGACCAAUUGAGAUGGCUAGCAACAUGGGGUACAGCUUGGGGUCUUUUGAACAGUGGUGAUGCUUUGACCUUCAUAGAUAACCACGAUAACGAGAGAGGUCACGGCGGCGGUGGAGGAAUUCUGACGUACAAGGAACCACGUCAAUAUAAAGGUGCUAUUGCAUUCCUGCUGGCCCAUCCAUACGGAGAACCGCAAAUUAUGAGCAGUUUUACGUUCUGGGACUCUGAAGUGGGACCGCCAAUGGACAGAAAUGGCAAUAUCAUAUCACCUUCGAUAAAUUCAGAUGGUACAUGUGGAAAUGGCUGGGUAUGCCAGCAUCGUUGGCGGCAGAUCUACGAAAUGGUAGCAUUCAGGAACAUAGCGGGCAACACUGGCGUUAGUAACUGGUGGGACAACGGUAGCAAUCAAAUCGCAUUCAGUCGAGGAAAUAGAGCUUUUAUUGCUUUUAAUAAUGAGUUCUGGGAUUUAAAUCAGAGCUUGCAGACAGGUCUCCCAGCGGGUAGAUAUUGCGAUGUGAUAUCUGGAGGCAAAGUAAACAACACUUGCCGUGGUAAAGUUGUGACAGUCGGAAAUGAUGGUCGAGCGCAAAUAUAUGUAGGAGCUCACGAAUAUGACCUUAUGUUAGCUAUCCAUGUGGGAACUGAGAGUCGGAUGUAACCGCAUUCCACAUAAAAUCGGAACGAAGAGAAAAUGUUAUAAUAUU